AUGGUGUCUCUGACGUCCAUCCUAGCCAUGACCACGUUUGUUGCCACGACCGUUGAUUACGUUGAGGCACACGGCUACAUUAGUAAUCCUUUAGGCACAUUCUUGAAACAGUAUCAUAAAAGCGACUGGGUUGCUCAAAUUACUCCCCAGUGGAAGGCUGACUGGGAUGGCUGUAAAACCUUUGAGGAAAUUUUGGCGUUGUUCAACAAGCUAAAAGCUGCCAACAACUACAAAGAUGUCCGAUCGCUGAUGGACGGUAACCCUCUAUACGGCCCGAAGUGCGGUCACACGGAUCCGAAGGGAAAGCCCGUGCCUAUUCCUUCCAACGGCCAGGCCACCUUUUCUCGUCCUUUAAUCCACGCUGGUCCGUGUGAAAUAUGGCUUAACAACAAGAGGGUGUUUUACAGCGAUGAUUGCCAGAGCAGCCACCCUGACGGCAUUUUUAAGCCUGUGGAUUACUCGAUAUGCGAUCCAAAUGGCUGCGUGUUUUACUUUUACUGGCUAGUGCUACAGCGAAAGGGUACGCAAACUGUGUGGCAGUCGUAUAUUAACUGUGCUAAUCUCUUAGGCUCUUCCGGCGGCGGAGGUGACAAUGACGUCUCUCAGGAGGAGCUUCCAGGGAACUCGAACGUUUCGCAGAACAACCCCGCCAGCAAGUCCAAGGAUAAUUCGGCAAACAAAAAUGAGCCGAAGAAGUCGGACGAAUCGAAAGACUCGAAGAAAGAGUCGAAUGAAUCGAAAGACUCGAAGAAGGAAUCGAAAGACUCGACGAAAGAGUCUAAUGAAUCGAAAGACUCGAAUGUCUCGAAAGACUCGAAGAAAGAGUCCAAUGAAUCGAAAGACUCAAAGAAGGAAUCGAAAGACUCUUCAAAAGAGUCAAAGAAGGAUUCAACCCAGACGCCUCCCGCUGGAGGAGACUCCUCUCAGACGCCUCCCGCUGGAGGAGACUCCUCUCAGACGCCUCCCGCUGGAGGAGACUCUUCUCAGACGCCUCCCGUUGGAGCCAAAUGCAAGGGCCGUCGUCGUCGACGUUACUAG